AUGCUCUUCAAUAUGCAGACCGCCCUUGCGGCCUCGAGCAUCCUCCUCGCUGCCGGCUCAGCCAUGGCCGAUUCUAUCCAAGUGUUGGCUCCUCGCUCCAUGACCCUCGUGGGUUGCUACAGCAGCAGCGAGGGCCUUUCUAAUCAGACGACAUACACAUUCCAAAGUUCUGGAUGGUGCUAUGACCGCUGCACUGGCUACAACGCUGCUGUCUUCGCCUUGACGGCAGGCUCGGAUUGCCUCUGCGGUGAUGAAUUGCCUCCUUCAUCAGCUAAGGUGGCCAAGGGAAAGUGUGGCACAGCUUGUGAUGGCUGGCCUCAAGAUAUGUGUGGUGGUGAUGGUUUCUACUCUGUUUACACAACCGGUCUGGGUGGUUCCGUAUCCGCUGCCUCGGCAUCGGCUUCCAGCGGCAGCAACACCAAUGAUGGCUCCGCUUCGAAGACUGAUGCUGCCGCUUCCGCCUCAACCGACUCUAGUGGCCAAACCGUUGUGAUCACCGCCGCGAGCGGGCAGCAGCCCACCGACGAUGCAGCCCAGGUCAAGAGCAGCCACAACACUGCAGCCAUUGCCGCCGGUGUGGUGGUUGGUGUUGUCGGUGUGGCCGCUCUGGCCGGUGCCAUCUUCUUCUUCUACCGCUCGAAGAAGCAGAACGCCGAGGGUGGAUUCCGCGGUACGACCGGUGGCUACGGCCGUGAUUCGCAGCCGCCUUCCAUGUCGGAUUCGCGUUUCGACGGAGACUACAUGGCUCAGCGCCGUCAGAGCAACGGUAGCAUCGACGAUGACCAUGACUUCUCUCGCCGAAUCCUGCAGGUCACCAACCCUGAUCGUCGCUAA